AUGGUUGACAGGAUUAGCAUGUUGCCAGAUGAACUCCUCUGUCAUAUUCUCUCUUUUCUUCAAACUAUACAAGCAGUUAAAACACGUCUUCUUUCAAAGAGGUGGAGGAACAUUUGGACCUCAGUCCCCGUUCUCGACUAUGAUCAUCAAUCCUACUAUCUCAGAAACAACAAACCCAAUUCUUGUUUUGAAAGGUUCGUAUACGCAACCAUUCUAGCCAGAGAUUUUUAUCAACCCAUUAGAAGCUUCACUCUCAAAUAUGGUGUUCCUGAUUCUUACCUUUCGAACGUCCAUGUCAAUGUGUGGGUAAACAUUGUUUUCAAAAUUGGGAUUCAGAACAUUGACUUGGACCUAUACCCUCGGAAAAAUCGUAUUAGUUUGGACAUUUUGAGCUCCAAAACCCUUGUUGUUCUCAAGUUGCAAGGGUUAAAUGUGAAUGUUUCUACUUCUCUUGAACUUUCCUCACUCAAAUCCCUACAUUUGGAGGAAGUUAAAUUUGUACAACCUAAAUAUCUUAUAGAGCUUCUUUAUGGUUGUCCAAUGCUUGAAGAUUUGAAAGCACGUUGCCUAGAUUAUGAUCUUAAAGGCUAUUAUUCUAAGGAAGAAUUUAAGUUUAAAAGCUUGCCCAAGUUAGUCAGGGCAGAUCUACAUUUCGCUGGUAUGGAUGAUACUAAUAUUCUGCUGAAAUCAAUAUGCAAUGUGGAGUUUUUGCGCAUUCAGCAGUUUCGGUUCGUUGAUGAGGUUCCUGAAUUUCCUCAUUUAAGGCAUUUGUCCCUCCACUUGGAUAAUCGAAGGUUGCAUUGGUGGGUGUUUUUGAUGCUCAAGAAUUGCCCCAAGCUUCAAAGUCUUAAACUUGAUUUGAAUGAAUCUUUUGAAUCUGAAGAUGUUCUACCUUACCCUCAUCUUGUUGUUCCUGAAUGCCUUACAUCACACUUCACUCAGUGUUAUCUCAAAUAUUGCCCAGGCACAGAAGGUGGACUCCAAUUUGCAAAAUAUAUUAUGCAGAAUUCAACAUCCUUAAAGUCCAUGAAAGUUCAUUGUGUUUCACAUAAUUUAUUGGCAAAACUUGAAGUGCAAAAGGAGUUAGCUUUGUGCUCAAGGAAAUCUGCAUCAUGUGAACUUUCAUUUGUUUGA